CGCUGCCGAACAAGAGGAAGAAGGAGAGGUGGCUGGUGAGGCGUAUGUUCCACAACCAUACGCUCCUCAGGAUGAGGUACAACCACAAAUUUAUGCUGAGGAGUUCAUUUCCCUCAACGACCAAGGUAUCCUAUACAAUUUUGAUGACCAUGCGGCCCUUAAUCAGCAAGUACAUCUCUGCUCUGACAACAUCGACAAUAUUGUGGCCCGAGGGUAUUUGUACGAGCAUGUGGGUAAGAUCAAAGUUCACUGCCAGGAUUACGAUGAUUCACAUGCUCGGAUCAUGGUUUCGGAAAUCCUGCAAGAGGACGCUGAAAUCCCAGUCCCACUUGAAGAGUUCAGAUAUGUUAGGGACGUGUACCAGAUGUUCCUUCCUUGGCCUAAACACUUAAUUUUAACAACCGAGGGUCCACUCGCUCAACCGCCCUCAAGACGUGAUGCGUCAAAGGGGAAAGCUCCGAUGCUUUCUCCACAACGCCGUGGUGCACGGGAAGAUGAGUUGUUCACGGAAGAGAAGAUGGCGUUGAUCCCUAAUUCGCUAAAAUGGAUGAUUCAUGAAUUCCUAAGGCUCAAAGAUAAACGUGAUAUAAUCACAAUUUCUGUCCCCCGAGGAUUCAUUGCACCGCGUACCCAGAUCAUUUUAUCUGGAGAGGAUUUGCAGCAGGUUGCUACGUGUAACUACAUCGGCAACCAGGGAAUGCUGUUUGGAAUGAUGUAUACUCUUCUUUAAUCUAAUUAACCUUAUAUCAAAUUAUAGUUAAAUUAUUAUAAGGCACUAACA